AUGCUAGAGUAUGAAGAAGACAUCCACAAGCAAAUAGAAGGACAAAGCUUCUUGCUUGUCAUGGGAGGUGGACUAAACAUUCAAAGUGCUAUCAACAGGUGUAUCGAUCCAUACCUGAAUGCAAAUAGCUUUGUGCUGCUGAUUAACUUUGGAGAUGAGGACAAAGAAUUCGUUCUUGGAGUUGAAUCUCCACAUAUGCAUAAUGUAGGAAUGCAUCCUAGGAAGAGUCGAACACAGAUGUAUCAGACAGGUGGUGUGUAUGUUGCUGGGAGUCGUGUGUUUAUUUCUGAUAUGCUCGAUGGAACAAUUGAUGCUAAGAAAGUUAAUUGCUUGAUCAUAUGCAAUGCAGAGACAAUGACAGAAGCAUCUCCAGAGUCUUUUAUUAUACAUAUUUUUCGAUCCAAAAAUGCAGAUGGACACAUCAAAGCAUUUUCAGAAUCACCUGUUCACCUUGCACUUGGAUUUUCUCCUCUAGCCAAGAAACUGAGGUGUCUCAAAGUGAGUAAGGUGUUGUUCUUUCCUAGAUUCCAUUCAAAGGUUGAGAAGUCUUUGAAUACAGAUCUGGAUAUUGAAGAGAUCAAAUUUAAGAUGCCAAAGAAAGUCGGAGAAAUUCAGGUAGUCUUGAUGGAAAUCAUAGACAGUCUUUUAAAGCUAGUACUGAAAGGAAACGACAGAGAUCAGAUCAAUUCAGGAAUGAUCAUAUCCGGAAAUAUCUACAGGAUAUUCAAGCAUUUGAAAAUAUUGCCAGUCAAUAAUACAUGGAAUAAUGGUUCAGGAAGUGUGAUUGAUGAUCUAUGUGAGAUGAAGACACUUGUGUUUUUUCUGUUUUCUUGUGAUCCUGGCUCAUUGUACAAGUAUGUGGGCAACAUGGUAAAAAGGCAGAUUGAGCUGGGCAAGAACAGCACCUGGUUAAAUUUAGAUGCUUCCCAUGUACUGGUUGAUAAGGCAAGAGAACUAUUUCAUGAUGCAAUUCAAAAAUCUGAUUAUUCAAUUACAUGUGGUGAAAGUAUCUUGAAUCAAAAGCAUAAACGUAUUGAUAUUCAAAAUGAGAUUGAGAUUCUACAAACGCUUCCUGAAGAUGCUCUCAAGAUAUUCUACAGACUAAAUCCAAAAAUGAACAAAUUACUUGAAAUCAUUGAACAGUCGAGCGAUGUUAGAAUGAUCAUAUUGGUUUCAAACAAUCAAGUUAAAGACUCUUUGCUAAGUGUAUUUGCAUUAUAUCGUCAUGUAAAUAAUGAUGAAUGUGCUUCACUAGACACAAUUAGAGUCUUAACACACCAUGAAUUCAAAUAUGACACUCAUGAUUAUGAAUGCGCAGUCUUGUUUGAGUCGAGUCAAGACAGCAUAAGAAAAAUCGAGCGGUAUGGAACAACUCAUUCAAUAAAAGCAUACUUCCUGAUGUAUAGUAACUCACUAGAGGAGCACAGGUAUCUUGAAGAAAUAAGGAUGGAGAAGCAAUGCUUUGAGAAGUUGAUUGAGGAAAGAUCCCGACUUCCAUUAUGUCUGGAUAAUCUUGAAGACCAGAUUGAUCUUGAAGAUGAGUGCAUUGAUAGGAAAUAUACAGUAGUGGUUGACUCUAGGGAGCUGAGAGCUGAAUUGCCAUUUUUUCUAUUCAGGACAAAGAACGUGCUGCAUGUGUCGACACUUUCAAUUGGAGACUAUCUGUUGAGUCCAUCGAUAUGCAUUGAAAGAAAGUCAAUUGCAGAUUUUCAGUCGUCAUUGAGUAGUGGAAGACUGUAUGCACAGGCAAGUAUGAUGUGUUACAGAUAUGCAUUUCCUAUAUUACUUCUUGAAUUUGAUGGAAGGCCGUGUCUGUCUGAUUACUACAGAUACGAACAGGAUACAUUUAGAAAUAGUAUUUUAUGCAAGUUUGUACUGCUUCUGUUUAAUUUUGGGACAUUGCGUGUUGUGUGGUCUGAUUGCAGGCUUUUUUCUGUGAAGGUUAUAAGGGAUCUUCAGAGGAAGGAGUGUUUGGAUGAAGUGCAGGAAAUGGAAGUUGGGAUGAAUCCUGAGCUUGUGGAUGUGCUUCUCAGCAUUCCUGGUAUUACCCAAUUUAAUAUAUGGAAGGUAAGGAAGGGAUUCCGAAGCCUGAGAGAUCUUGCAUUUUCAACAAUGGAGCGCCUUAAAAGUGUGCUUGGAGAGAAGAUCUCAGUGAUGGUGCACAAGUUUUUCAGACAAGCGGUUGUUGUGAGCAAAAUAAGCUUGAAAGAAGUUGAUCAAUGUCAAUAUGCAACAGAUUAUGAGUCUGAACAGAAACGCAGGCUUAUAUAA